CCCAAUCUCACCUCACGUCUACAGACAUGAGAUCCACAUAUAACAUACUUUCAUAGAUACCCACCAAUUUUGAGACCCUUUUAGAGGUCCACCUUUUGCCUUUAGUCUUAAUUAUAUAUAGACAGUAAAGUCACAAAACCAACCAAGAAAACAGAGGUCCUAUAUAUUUUGAGAGGUUUUUUAUCUUAUAAGAGAACCUCAAACAAAAUCCAGUCAUUCAACCAAAUCAGUGGGUGUCCUAAAACCAUAUUUGUUUUGCUCCAUCUUUGUUCUUUCGUUUAUAUCAUUCAAGAUCAUAAAUCUUGACCAAACCUCAAAUCCUUUUCCUUUUAUACUAAAACCUACGAGGUUUUAAAUCAUUCUCUUUUUAAUUUCCUUUAUUUCAUUAUUACUAGCUCUAUCUCAUCCUAGAAAAUGGACUCCGUAGAACUACACAGAAUUUUUCAAAUGUUUGAUCGUAAUGGAGACGGAAAUAUUACAAAAAAGGAGCUUAGCAUCUCGUUACAAAACUUGGGAAUACACAUUGAGGAAAAAGAACUUGUACAAAUGAUCGAAAAAAUAGACGUAAACGGAGACGGAUACGUAGACAUAGAUGAAUUUGGAACAUUGUACAAGAAUAUAAUGGACGAGAAAGAUGAAGAGGAAGAUAUGAGAGAAGCUUUUAAUGUGUUUGAUCAAAAUGGUGAUGGAUAUAUUACAGUGGAAGAGUUGAGGUCAGUUUUGGGAUCACUAGGGUUGAAACACGGCAAAACUUUAGAAGAUUGUAAGAGGAUGAUAAUGAAAGUGGAUGUGGAUGGUGAUGGAAUGGUUGAUUUCAAGGAAUUUAGACAAAUGAUGAAAGGUGGUGGAUUUGCUUCCUUGAGCUCACGAAGUUUAUGAAAUUAAAAAUGAAAAGAGAGAAAAAAGAAAAGGAUAUAUAACUAGUGCCACCCUUUUUGUAUAAUGUGUCCUUUAAUGAAUCAAUGCAUGUCAUAUUUCUUCAAUCUUGCGAUCAUAUACUUGUUAAGACUUUUGGCAUCUUUUCCUUUUUCGGUUUCAUCUCUCCCACGAUGAUGUAAUAUCUUUUUAAGAAUUCUUAAAAUCAAUCAAUUAACUAACUGCAUCUCAGUAUCAAAUCAGGUUAGAGCCGUUCCUUUAUAUCUAUCAAACAAUUUAAACUGCAGCGCCAUGAGGUUAGAUUCCCAACAUUUUCUAUUUAUGCUAUUUGUACCAAUUAACUAUGUCCAAAAGAUUGUAGAAAAAUGACACUAGGUAACCACUUUGAGCACUCCUAUUUAAAACUUAUUCAGAUUUUAAAAAUUAUUUAAAGUUAUAGCCAGUUUUGGCAAACUUCAAAUUCAUGCAUACUGCUGCAGCUUCUUUUUCUCCAUCUGACUGUAUGAAGUUAACUUUGAGGUGGCUAAACUUUGAACUUUAUAAGUUUAGGUUAUUUCUU